AUGGGUCGAUUGUACACCAUAUCAGUGGCCGUAUUGGCGGCCACAGGGUCAUUCCUCUUUGGUUAUGACUCGGGGGUCAUGACAGAUGUGAUCAACUCUCCGAAUUUUCUAGACUACUUGAAUACUACACAGACGUCUUCUAUUGUUGGCGCUAUCAACAGUACCUUUUCGGGAGGAGCGGUAAUCGGCUCUCUUCAAGGGGGACUGACCAUGGACCGUUUCGGCCGCAAGUUCACCAUCCAACUAGGAGCUUGCCUAUGUAUCAUUGGCGCAUCACUACAAGCAGCCGCACAGAACCUCCCCAUGAUCCUCAUCGGCCGAAUCCUAGCUGGCUGGGCAAUCGGUCUCAUGUCCAUGGCCGUCCCCGUCUACCAGGCCGAGUGUGCCCACCCACGCUCUCGGGGCAUGAUCGUUGGACUGGCACAGCAAAUGAUCGGCGUGGGAUUCAUUUUCAGCACGUAUGGGGACCACAGCAUCUCCGUCGAUACCAUCAAGCACAAUGAACUGACGACCUAUAGAUGGAUCGGGUAUGGAUCCCUCCAUGCACCAGAUACAAGUCAAUUCCAGUGGCGAUUUCCUCUCGCCUUUCAAGUCAUUCCUGCACUGAUCUUGGCCAUUGGCAUGUUAUUUUUGCCGGAGUCACCGCGGUAUCUGAUUGAAAUGGAGCGAUAUACCGAGGCGCGGCGCAUUCUUCACAGAUUACACUUUGAUGGCUCCAAUGAUGCCUAUCUCGAGGCUGAGUAUAGUGGCAUUUGUACUGCCAUUGAGACGGAGAAGGGGUUCAAAGCAACUGGGUGGAUGGCUAUGUUUACUGUUUCGCAAUGGCGGACUCGACUCUUCCAUGGCGUUGCCGUUCAGGUAUUCACACAGAUGACUGGUAUCAAUGUGAUUGGGUAUUACCAGACCAUCAUGUAUAAGUCCCUUGGUAUAACAGGAGAUCGCAUCACGCUCGUUGCCGGUAUCUAUAAUUGCGUUGGUCCGCUCGCCAACUUGGUCUUUGUGGUCUUUAUUCUUGACCGUGUCGGUCGUCGGAAACCUAUGCUCUUUGCUACGGUCGCCAUCUCACUUGCUCUUGUCUGUGAGGCAGUGCUGAACUCGCAGAAUCCCGAUGGUCAGAAACUUGGAUAUAGCAUCGCGGGUGUUUUUUUUAUCUUUUUGGUCGCAGUAAUCUUCUCGAUGUCUUUUGGGCCUUGCAGCUGGGUCUAUAUGGCUGAAGUCAUGCCCAUGCAGAUCCGGGGUAAAGGCAACGCUUUUGCUGUUGGUAUUGGGAACUGGGCUGUCAGCACCGUCUGGAGCCAGAUCUCGCCUGUUGCUUUGGGGAAACUCAAGUGGCGAUUUUAUCUUGUUUUUGUCGCGUGGAAUCUCUGUAUAUCCCUUCCUGUGAUCUAUUUCUUCUUUCGGGAAACCAAGCAGAAGUCACUCGAGGACAUUGACUUGUUGUUUGGGGGACGGCCGAAUGCACUGCAGGAGGAUAGGGGUGUCGCGCAUCCCCCCAAACUGGAUCUCCAGCAGUUUGAUCAGAUCGAGCUGGACACAUCUGCAAGUAAUCUCGAGAAUGCAUCCCGAGUCGGUCAUCGACACAAAUAG